UUCCGCACCAAACUGGGCCCUUCCCGCGUCAUCGCCAUGCUGUCAGUCAGCAACGUGAUUUGCGAGGGAGAAACCGGAAAGUUCGCCGCCAACGCGGAGAGCAUUGGGUGGCAAGGAUCCUCCGGCACCACUAAGGUGCUGCCGGCCAACUCUGUGCGGAGAGCGGAAUGGUCUGAGGGACGCCUGCGCUUGUUGUGCGAGCUGCCCGAGGGUCAGACGGAGGUCUUGAAGUUGGACAACUUUCAGGCCACCGACUUUGAUCCCCUGUGGUAUCUGAAGAAACACAAGCCCAUAGCAGUGCUGGAGGAGCGCGACUUCGACGGGGCGCUGAAGGGCAUCGAGGACGCGGCGGACCGCGUGGAUGAGACGGCGCCUGGGUCCGUGCAGAAAAAGGCCAAGGAGGCGGAUCUCAUGAAGAAAGUGGAAUGUCUUCGCGAUGGCCUGGAUCAAGCGGUGAGUGGCGACAAACAAGCGCUGUCACGCGUCUUCGCAGACAAGGGCUGCGAACGUAUCGGCCGCCUACGAUUGGUGGUAGACACAGUUCAGCUGGAGGUGUAUCACACAGACGAACGUUGGAAGCACUUGCUGAGCAAAUGCGCCACCAUCGAGUCCUUGCUGAAGGAGUUGGGUGCCUUUCGUCAUUGGAAGCCCA